AACGAUGUGAUGCGUUACACGGGUUGAAUCAAAACGUAGAAAAAAAAUAGUAGAUUAAUUAAGUAGAUAAUCAACUGAGGGGUAAGUAACUUUAAUGCAUAUGGGAACACUUGGAUUUCCAUCAGGACCCACCGUGCAACUCGAAGCUAUUUACUUUCAGUUUUCCCAAAAGGAAGUUAACGCAGAUUAGAUCUGCGGGGCUGGAUGUGUGAUCAUGGAGGCCAGAGAUGAUGAAGAGGUUGCAGAUGUCCAACAUAAUGAUUGUCCAUCCGAGUCCAGAGAUGAGAGGUCCAAUGUGUCUCCAGAAAACAUGGAUGUGGAUGAUGAGGAUUUGUUCACACACUCCACCACUCUGACCAACAAGCAGCGUGGGAAUGAGGUUACAGCACGCCCAGCAACUUUAGACUCUCUGUCCAUCCACCAGUUGGCAGCUCAAGGCGAGGUUUCACAAGUAGCUGCACACCUGACUAAAGACAUUUCACUGCUGAGCAAACAGGAUGAGCGAGGCUUCACGCCCCUCAUGUGGGCAGCGGCGUUCGGAGAGAAAGCUGUGGUGGAUUUUCUCUUGGAAAAGGGCGCAGACCCCAAAACAAUUGCACGGGAGCGAGAGAGCGCCCUGACACUGGCCAGCUCUGGAGGUUAUGUGGACAUUGUGGAGUCUCUUCUCAAACAUGGAGUGGACAUUAACACCUAUGACUGGAAUGGUGGAACUCCUCUUCUUUAUGCCGUGCGAGGGAACCACAUCAAAUGUGUAGAGGCACUCUUAGCCAAAGGAGCAGACAUGACUAUUGAGUCCGACUCAGGCUACAGUCCCAUGGCCUUGGCUGUAGCCCUUGGACACAAAAAGAUUCAGAAAGUGCUGGAGGACCAUAUCCUGAAACUCUACAAGCCACCAACGUGACACUAGUAUAAAAGUCUGA